CUGAUCUGACCUAUUUGGAUCCUCACAGGACAGUCUGUAAUCCCGACAUAUUUCAAGCUGACUACCAUUGUCCGUGUUCCCAAGAACUCCAAGAUCCACAGAUGAAGCAAUCUCAAUUGAGAGGGGAAAUACCUAUGUGAGAAUACUGUUCAUAGACUACAGCCCAGCAUUCAACACCAUAGUCCCCUCCAAGCUAGGGACCUUGGGACUGAAGACCUCCUUCUGCAACUGGAUGCUGGACUUUCUGACGGGCCGGCCCCAGGUGGUGAGGAUAGGCAAGAACACCUCUGCCACACUGAUCUUCAACACGGGAGGCCCUCAGGGAUGCGUGCUUAGUCCCCUCUUGUACUCCCUGUUCACCCAUGACUGUGUGGCCACACACGACUCCAACACCAUCAUCAAGUUUGCUGACGACACGAAGGCGAUGAGAGGUCAGAGACUUGGCAUUGUGGUGCCAGGACAACCUCUUCCUCAAUGUCAGUAAGACCAAGGAGCUGAUCGUGGACUAUAGGAGCAAGAGGGGAGAGCACGUCCCCAUCCACAUCAACAGGGCUGUUAAAGGGUCUUGCUCUGACCCUACCCACAAUCCCUAGACUGUAUACAAACCAUAUGCACACACACACAUACUACAUUCACACUCCCACACAAAAUCCACACACACACAAACCGACACAACCCAAACACACAUGCGUACACAUUACACACUCACAAACAAACACACACCUUUACACUCAUUUGCUGCUGCUGCUCUGUUCUUUAUUUUGCUAUUAUUAUUAUCUAUCCUGAUGCCUAGUCACUUUACCCUGCCUUGUACAUAUCUACCUCAAAUACCUCGUACCCCUGCACACUGAUUUGGAACUGGUACUCCUUGUAUAUAGCUUUAUUCUUGGGUAUUUUAUUACACCGUUACAAUAUAUACAGUACCAGUCAAAAGUUUGGACACACCUAUUCAUUCCAGGGUUUCUUUAUUUUUUACAAUUUUCUACAUUGUAGAACAUCAAAAGUAUGAAAUACCACAUAAGGAAUCCUGUAGUAACCAAAAAAAUCGAAAUAUAUUUUAUAUUUGAGAUUCUUCAAAGUAGCCACCCUUUUCCUUGAUGACAGCUUUGCACACUCUUGGCAUUCUCUCAAUCAGCUUCAUGAGGGACUCACCUGGAAUGCAUUUCAAUUAACAGGUGUGCCUUGUUCAAAGUUAAUUUGUGGAAUUUAUUUCCUUAGUGCUUUUGAGCCAAUCACUUGUUUUGUGACAAGGUAGGGGUGGUAUACAGAAGAUAGCCCUAUUUGGUAAAAUACCAAGUCCAUAUUAUGGCAAGAACAGCUCAAAUAAGCAAAGAGAAACGAAAGUCGAAUAUUAUUUUAAGACAUGAAGUUCAGUCAAUCUGGAAAAUUUCAAAAACUUUGAACGUUUCUUCAAGUGCAGUCACAAAAUCCAUCAAGCGCUAGACCCAGAGUUACCUCUGCUGUAAAGUUCAAGUAACAGACACAUCUCAACACUAGCUUGGAGAUCCGUUACAGGAUGUCUGUCACCCCACUGAGCCCCUAUUGCAGGUUAGGGGUCACAUCCACUUGAAUGUCCUUCAUAUGACGAACCUCCUACAGAGCAAAUGAGGAAAAUAUGAUAUAUUAUGAUUUAUGUUAGUAACAAUACAAUAUGGGAAUUUUAUCCCAAAGCUACCUACAGCUAACAUAUAUAUUUAUGUAUGUGAUCUAUGUAAAUAAAGGAGUAUAACACAGCUGUAAAACUGUGAAGGACUAUAUGGUGGAGGCCUACCCAUUUCCCAGGAGCAUUGUAAAAAGUGGAUUUGGGUACAGUGUUUAUUUCCCCCUAAUAUCUUUGAAGAUUACACCUAAAAUAAUUAGGCCUACUUCUUUCUACUGCUGAUCUGAGACCAUUAGGGUUAAACACUACAGAUAUAAAUGCAAUAUAUGGAGUCGAAAAGAUUGCCUGCCCACCAAAGAAUCAACAUACGUUCUACAUGGUCUAUUUCUAUCUGAAAGUAACACCUCAAUCAAGCUUGUUAAUUGAUCGUUAAGUCCUGUUUGUCAGGUAAAAGGUCAUUAGUGGCCUAUAUAAGCCUCAUACAGGCCACGGGAAGACAUUACCUGUUGAUAACACAGACUAUUCUCAUGAUCAUGGGAGGUUUGAGAGAAUUACUGCUCUUUGUGAUGACUGUGGGGGUUGUCAAAGUUUCUUGUUACCCUGUUGGAAAGUCCCAGAAGCAAGAGCAAGUCUCUCUGCAGAGCAGACUUGGAGAGCUGUCAUCAAAUGACGUCUCCAUUGUGCAUGCCCUGGCCUUGCUCCGAUCCAUAGGGUCUGACGCUAAACAAGACAGAGAAGAGUAUUUAGAGACUAAUGAAGUAGAAUCCCAAGCUUCUCCAAACCAUGGUAGCUCUACGGCAAAUGAUGCCCUGUCCUCUGACGACGCUACCUCUGAAGCUGCCACUGGCCCGUCUGACGACGCUACCUCUGAAGCAGCCUCUGGCCCGUCUGACGACGCUACCUCUGAAGCUACCACUGGCCCCUCUGACGACGCUACCGCUACCUCUGAAGCUACCACAGGCCCCUCUGACGACGGUACCUCUGAAGCUGCCCCUGGCCCGUCUGACGACGCUAGCUCUGAAGCUGCCCCUGGCCCGUCUGACGACGCUAGCUCUGAAGCUGCCCCUGGCCCGUCUGACGACGCUAGCUCUGAAGCUGCCACUGGCCCGUCUGACGACGCUACCGCUACCUCUGAAGCUGCCACUGGCCCGUCUGACGACGCUGCCACUGGCCCGUCUGACGACGCUGCCACUGGCCCGUCUGACGACGCUGCCACUGGCCCGUCUGACGACGCUGCCACUGGCCCGUCUGACGACGCUGCCACUGGCCCGUCUGACGACGCUGCCACUGGCCCGUCUGACGACGCUGCCACUGGCCCGUCUGACGACGCUGCCACUGGCCCGUCUGACGACGCUGCCACUGGCCCGUCUGACGACGCUGCCGCUGGCCCGUCUGACGACGCUGCCGCUGGCCCGUCUGACGACGCUGCCGCUGGCCCGUCUGACGACGCUGCCGCUGGCCCGUCUGACGACGCUGCCGCUGGCCCGUCUGACGACGCUGCCGCUGCCACUGGCCCGUCUGACGACGCUGCCGCUGCCACUGGCCCGUCUGACGACGCUGCCACUGGCCCGUCUGACGACGCUGCCACUGGCCCGUCUGACGACGCUGCCACUGGCCCGUCUGACGACGCUGCCACUGGCCCGUCUGACGACGCUGCCACUGGCCCGUCUGACGACGCUGCCACUGGCCC